AUGGCUAACGUGACUGACGAUCUUUGGAACUACAUGCCUGAAGAAAUUAUGGCCGGUGUCUUUUCCUUCCUCUCGGUUAGAGACCGAUACAUGGUUUUACACGUGUGCAAGAGAUGGGCUACGGCUGUGGCUUCCUCUACGGUCUGGAGUUUUACAGAACUUCGGUGCGAAAUCGCUGACGACGAAGCCUAUAUAUUAAGGACGUUACGCCCGUACCUGGUCCAUAUCCGACACCUGAAGAUCAUACUGAACCAGUACUUGGAGUUAAACCGAAGACUCGUCACCCAAACCUUAGACAUGCUGACCUACAGGAGGACCAGUCUGCGGGGGCUGUGCAUUAUCUGCCAGGGGUUGAACCCUUACUUCUACUCUGGCCAGGAUCUCCUGCAAAGCGUCCGCCUGCUUUGCCAAAGCAACCAGAACCUCGACCUGCAACACGUCGAUCUUCGGCAGAUGCCUUUCAUCCUGGACAACGGGAUAGUGCUGCUCCUGGCUUCCAAGAACCCAAACCUUCGCACCUUUCUGAUCAACAACCGAGCUCCCGGAGUCAUCAUCCUGAAACCCGCGACGGUGGUGGAGGUGGCACGGAUUUGCCCGAAACUUACGGUGUUGGGCAUUCAUUAUACCAACCUGUCGAAGAGCCUCUUCCAAGAACUAGCGAAGCCCAACAGAGGACCCUUCAAAUGCUUGGACAUUUUAUACGAAGGCCUGGAGAAGCACAUUCCCGAAGAGUGUUGGGCCACGAUGAGCCAGAGGCACCCCCAAUUCCGGGUGAAGUUGGAAUUCACUGCCAUGGUGGACGCCACCAAGAUUCUUGGUGUCCUCAAGGCCGGCAUUCCCAUGAAGUCUCUGCAGUUCAAUUACCUCCAUUACAUGACUGAUCACCUGAGGCUAAUCACCAGCUACUACAGCCAGACAGUGGAGAGACUCAUCCUUUACACAGCCUCUUCAGAGGCGCUCAACGCCUCCCUGAUCGAGUUGGCCAAGAAGUGUUGCCGUCUGAAGGAGGUUCAUUGUUACUGCGUGGUUAGCCAAGCCGUGAUAGAGGCGUUUCUCUCGCACUGUCCCGACUUGAGAAGCUACACACUGUCCACCACACUCUUGUCUUCUAUGCUACCAAUAUUGUGCCCCUAA